GGGCCGGGGAUGCUCUUCCUGCUCUGCGGCCUGGAGAUGGAGAGCCCCGCGCUCGUCAUCCGCAUCCGCAUCCCCGACGGCGGCGCCGUGGACUGGACCGUGCCCUCCGCGCCGCAGCUGCUCUUCAGGGACGUGCUGGAUGUCAUCGGCCAAGUUUUGCCUGAUGCAACCACAACGGCAUUUGAAUAUGAAGAUGAGGAUGGUGAUCGGAUUACUGUUCGAAGCGAUGAAGAAAUGAAAGCCAUGCUGUCUUACUAUUAUACCACUGUAAUGGAGCAGCAAGUAAAUGGACAGUUAAUAGAGCCGCUGCAGAUAUAUCCAAGAGCCUGCAAGCCUCCUGGGAAACGGAACAUACAUGGCCUGAAGGUAAAUACAAGAGCAGGGUCUGCUAAUAAUAGCAGUUCAGCAGUCUCGGAUUCCCUUCCAAGCAAUAGCCUGAAGAAGUCCUCGGCAGAACUGAAGAAAAUAUUAGCCAAUGGCCAGAUGAAUGAACAAGACAUACGGUAUCUAGACAUCCUUGGCCAUGGCAAUGGAGGCACGGUCUACAAAGCAUAUCAUGUCCCUAGCGGAAAAAUACUAGCAGUAAAGGUCAUACCUUUAGAUAUUACACUGGAGCUCCAGAAACAGAUUAUGUCGGAGUUAGAAAUUCUUUAUAAGUGCGACUCAUCAUAUAUCAUAGGAUUUUAUGGUGCUUUUUUUGUAGAAAACAGAAUUUCGCUAUGUACAGAAUUCAUGGAUGGCGGCUCCUUGGAUGUUUAUAGAAAAAUUCCCGAACAUGUCCUAGGAAGAAUAGCGGUAGCUGUUGUUAAAGGCCUUACCUAUUUAUGGAGCUUAAAGAUUUUGCACAGAGACGUGAAGCCUUCCAACAUGCUGGUCAACACGCGAGGACAGGUGAAGCUGUGCGACUUUGGGGUUAGCACACAGCUGGUGAAUUCUAUAGCCAAGACGUAUGUUGGAACAAAUGCUUAUAUGGCGCCUGAACGAAUUUCAGGGGAACAGUACGGAAUUCAUUCCGACGUAUGGAGUUUAGGGAUUUCCUUCAUGGAGCUUGCUCUUGGGAGGUUUCCAUAUCCUCAGAUUCAGAAAAACCAGGGAUCUUUAAUGCCUCUCCAGUUAUUGCAGUGCAUUGUUGAUGAGGAAUCGCCCGUCCUUCCAGUUGGGGAGUUCUCUGAGCCAUUUGUACACUUCAUCACUCAAUGCAUGAGAAAGCAACCAAAGGAGAGGCCAGCACCUGAAGAAUUAAUGGGCCACCCCUUCAUCGUGCAGUACAACGACGGGAAUGCGGAGGUGGUGUCCAUGUGGGUGUGCAGGAUGCUGGAGGAGCGUCGUGCCCAGCAGGCCCCGCAGUGACCAGGGCAGCGUGCUGGUGGUGGAGACCACAGGACAGGACUGGCAAAACCAAACCCGGCCGUGCAUCAGGCGGCCGCCACAGCUGGAUGAUCUUUCGCUAUAAGUAUUUUAUAGAAGCAUCAACAAAACCUUCCAGGAUAUUUGCUGCUGCCUCUUUUUUUCCCCCCUCAGACUUUAAGGGAUUUUCUUCACAGAUUUCUUUGGUUUGCUGAGUGAUUUAAUGUCCUCAAAUUAUCUUCAAUCAAACUGUACACAGCCUUAAAGCAAGUAUAUUAUAUAUUUUUUUUCUGUUGUUAUUGAAUGUACUGUAUAUUUCAUGGCACCAGAGUAUUUUUUAACCUUUCGUCUUUUGCUAUUGUACAAAUGAGACCAUUGACUGUCCAGAAGAGCUAGUGAGCAGCUGUGGGCUGCGUAGACACAAAGACGUCAAGAAAAUGCUUGGUUUAAAAUUGUAUUUGUAUGUUUGGAAAAAAAAAAGAAAGUGGCUGGGCUUCACCGUUCUCAAUGGAGAGACCAAGGUCUUCUUUUACAAGAAUAAAGUGUGGCAAGUAUAUCAUCA